AUGGCUGAAAAUCCAUCCGCUGCCUGGCCAGUCGCAGACGAGGCUCUGUCGCAAAAGAUUUUGGAUACUGUUCAGCAGGCCUCCCACUACAGACAACUCAAGAAGGUAGAUGACUUGCUGACAUUCAACAAGGGUGCCAACGAAGCCACCAAGACUCUCAAUCGAGGUACAUCAGAACUUAUCGUCCUGGCUGCAGAUACUUCUCCUCUAGCCAUUCUGCUUCACCUACCACUUCUCUGCGAGGACAAGAACGUUCCAUACGUUUAUGUUCCUUCGAAGACUGCCCUCGGCCGAGCUUGCGGUGUUUCACGAUCUGUCAUCGCUGCCAGCGUUACCACAAACGAAUCCAGCGACCUCAUGCCACAGAUUCGAGAGCUUAAGAACAGAGUCGAACGAUUGAUGAUCUAA